AUGAUUGCAUACCGACCGAUUAAGAACGUUUUCCCUUCAGUACUAUACAAGGUGUCGGGUACCUUCUGCAAGGACCGGGUUUCGCAGAUGCUUGAUAUGUGCCAGCGUGCCAAGAAGAUCACGUCGAAUAAUGCCCAUCACCAUCGGUAUUCUCGGCAAACCAGCGGGUAUGCGUGGCAGGGACCUGGUUGCUCUCACCCUCUGGCGAGAGCCUUCCCUCCCGGGGUCGCAGCAGGGCCUAUGGGAUGCGGCAGCAGGAUGGGCCAAGGAUGCCUGCAGAACAUCAUCGACAGCAUGAACUGCCAUCACGGAACAUAUGUGGAUGUGUGCAAUGUGUGCCAGUGUGCUAAGGGACCGCACGAGGGCUUUUCUCCCUUCAGUGAUAUACAAGGGCUCGGGCAUCCAGUGCAAAGACCUGGACCCUCGCACCCUCUGAUGGCCGCGAGUCACUUUCCGUCUGGAGUCUUAGUAGGGCCUCAGCGAUGCGGCGAGAGGAUCGGCCAAGGAUGCGUGCAGAGCAUCGUCGACAACAUGAAAUGCCCACACGAAACAUAUGUGGAUAUAUGCAACAUGUGCCAGUGUGCUAAGGGACCGAACGAAACCUGCGGUGGCGCCUGGGGUGAGCACGGCAGGUGCACCGCAAAUCUCCACUGCUUCAACAAUAACGAGCCUCAUUCUGCUGGCAAAUGCAUGUCCCACGUCGGUGUCUAAACGCAGGUCUGUUGCAGAAGUUGGAUCCAUUUCUCUGGUCACGUCGACGCAUGUCCUUUGCAAUUUGCAGAUAACCAUUUUCCCCAUUUUCUCUUACACCAUGGAGAGAUAAGAUUAAAGAUUUGAAAGUGCA